AUGGCUAGGUGCGUUUCGAAGCUAUGGAACACUCUCAUUUCCAAUCCCCAUUUUGCAAAAUCCCAUCUUGAUCACUCUCUCGCACCCUCCCAUACAUGCCUCUUCCUCCAAGACAAUUCUCACGCUUGCUCCGUUGACCUCAAUGCACUGCUUCAAGAUGAUAAUGAUAGCGUUGAUACAAGAGCGAUCUCUCUCCCUUUCAUGAAGAAGCCACCACCUGUUUUCCAUCUUCUUGGUUCUUGCAGAGGGUUCGUACUCUUACAAUGCAAACCACAGUUUCUUAUCCUAUGGAACCCGCUCACUGGUUCCAGCAAAAGAAUCUCAUACUCUUAUAUGGAUAAUGCCGCAACAAGCAAUGUUGAGGUCUUUUGCUUUUUCCAUGAUGUGCUUCUAUAUGGCUUUGGUUACGAUGCGUCACAAGAUGACUAUGUAGUGGUUGUAGCAUAUGAGGGUAAAGACGGCGAAAACCAUUUUGAUUUGUGUUGUUUGAGAAGCAAUUCAUGGAUUAAUCUCGAUGCUGAACUCCCCAAAUCAUUGGAUUGGUCUGACUUGAAACCUAAUGGGUUGUUCUGUAACGCUAUUCACUGGUCUACUUAUGAGUUCUUGAAUGACAUUCUUAUCUUUGAUCUGAAGGAAAGAAGUUUCUCCAAGAUAGAAGUGGUGGCAAUAGGAAGAGUCCUGUUUAGACCCAAUUUUGUCCUGGCUGUCAGAAUAAAAAAGAGGUCAAACAAGGGAAUGGAAACAGGGGUAAACAAGGGAACAACUUGGACACUUGAUUCUGUUGUAAAUAAAAUGUAG